AGGUCACAGGUAACCAGGACACCUCUCACCCCUAUUACGAUGUGGCUCGACAUGGGAUCCUACAGGUCACAGGUAACCAGGACACCUCUCACCCCUACUAUGAUGUGGCUCGACACGGGAUCCUACAGGUCACAGGUAACCAGGACACCUCUCACCUCCUACUACGAUGUGGCUCGACACGGGAUCCUACAGGUCACAGGUAACCAGGACACCUCUCACCUCCUACUACGAUGUGGCUCGACACGGGAUCCUACAGGUCACAGGUAACCAGGACACCUCUCACCUCCUACUACGAUGUGGCUCGACACGGGAUCCUACAGGUCACAGGUAACCAGGACACCUCUCACCUCCUACUACGAUGUGGCUCGACACGGGAUCCUACAGGUCACAGGUAACCAGGACACCUCUCACCUCCUACGAUGUGGCUCGACACAGGAUCCUACAGGUAACCAGGACACCUCUCACCUCCUACUACGAUGUGGCUCGACACGGGAUCCUACAGGUCACAGGUGAUGAUAACUAUGGCAGGAAGCUAGUGAUCUUCAGUAGCUGCCUGAUGCCCCCCUCCCAUCAGCUCAACCACCACCACCUACUGCAGUAUCUGAUGUAUACCCUGGACCAGUAUGUAGAGAGUGACUAUACGGUAGUGUACUUCCACCAUGGUCUCCGCAGCUGCAACAAGCCCUCGCUACACUGGCUACGAAACGCCUACAGAGAAUUUGACAGGAAGUACAAGAAGAACCUGAAAGCCCUCUAUGUCGUCCAUCCUACUAACUUUAUCAGAAUCAUCUGGAAUAUAUUCCAACCACUCAUCAGUCACAAGUUUGGUAAGAAGCUGACCUAUGUAAACUACCUGUCUGAGCUCAGAGAUCACCUGAGCUGGGAUCAGCUCAUCAUCCCACCUGAUGUCCUCAGGCAUGACGAGAGGCUGCAGGCGGCCCAGAAGGGAGGUCUACACCCCUCAUCUAAGACUCCUCCCCCCAGACCUCCUCUGCCCACUCAGCAGUUUGGAGUCAGCCUGCAAUAUAUUGCUGAGAAGAACCAGGGAGUUAUGAUCCCUCCUGUGAUGUCCCAGACUGUGGCUUAUCUCAAAGACAAUGGCCUCCAGACAGAAGGUAUCUUCAGGAGGUCCGCUCGUGUUCAGCUCAUCAAGGACGUCCAGAAGCUCUACAACCAGGGGAAGCCAGUGAUGUUCGAGCAGUACGGAGACAUCCACGUGCCUGCUGUCAUCCUGAAGACCUUCCUCAGAGAGCUUCCUGAACCUCUGCUCACCUUCCCCCUCUACCACCAGAUACAGGACGUAGUCCGAGUGGAGAGCAGUCUACGAGUGACCACCUGUAAACACAUCCUAGAGAGACUACCAGAACACAACUACAUGGUGUUGAAGUACCUGCUCUGCUUCCUGAACAUGGUCUCUCAGCAGAGUAUCAUCAACAAGAUGUCUCCCUCCAACCUGGCUUGUGUGUUUGGUGUUAAUCUAUCCUGGCCUUCUCAGGGCUCUGUCUCUCUGACAUCUCUAACACCACUCAACAUCUUCACUGAGAUCCUUAUAGAACAUUACCAUACAGUCUUCAGCUCCCGCUGCCCACAAGCAGAGGUACUGCCCUGAUACCAGCCCCGAAACCACCUGAUACCAGCCCCGAUACCACCUGAUACCAGCCCCGAUACCACCUGAUACCAGCCCUGAUACCAGCCCCGAUACCACCUGAUACCAGCCCCGAUACC